AUGGUGCGGUACGUGGACCUGCGCGCCGUGACCCAGCCGGUGGGCAUCCUGCGCAUGCUGGAGGUGGCGCUGACGUGCGUGAGCUUGGCGCUGGUGGCGUCGGCGGGCCACUCGUCCUCGUCCUACUGGGCCUGGUGCAUGUUCAGCUGGGUCCUGUGCUGCGCGCUCACCCUGCUCAUCCUGCUGCUGGAGCUCAGCACCCUCAGCGCCCGCCUGCCCAUCUCCUGGGACGACUUCACCACCGCCUUCGCCACGCUGGCUGCCCUCAUGCUGCUGGCCGCCUCCGUCAUCUACCCCGCCGUCCUCUUCUCCUGCCCCGGCUGCGGGCGCCAGGUGGGCGCCACGGUCACGUCGUGGGCGAGCGUGGCGGCGUACAUCGGGGAGGUGGUGCUGGUGCGCUUCUUCCAGCGCUCGGGCCAGGUGAGCGGCUUCCUGUCGACGGUGCCGGGUCUGCUGAAGAUCGUGGAGACGUUCGUGGCGUGCAUCAUCUUCACGUCUCUGUCUCCGGCGCGCUACGCGUCCCACCCGGCGCUGCAGUGGUGCGUGGCCGUCUACGCGCUAUGCUUCGUCUUCGCCCUCCUCAUCAUCGUCCUCACCGUGGGCCAGCUGCUCGCCCGCGUCCCCCACCUGGACACGCUGGUGUGUGUGUACAACGUGCUGGCCGUGCUGAUGUACAUGAGCGUGGUCGUCGUCUGGCCGCUCUAUAGCUUCCGGAACCAUCCGCGGCCCACCAACUGCACGGUCUCCGCGGGCGCCUGCCUGUCCUGGGACGGCCUGGUCGUCGUCACCUUCAUGACGGUCAUCAACCUGGGCGUCUACAUCCUGGACGCCGCCUACUCCAUCCACCUGGUGUUCAUCGUGCAGCGCCGGAGCUAG